CGGAAGUGGGCGGCGGACCCGGAAGUGGGGCGCGGCCGCUCCAGCCAUGUAGCGCCCGCCCCGGGGGAGCCUCCCGCGGCCAUGGAGCCGACCGAGAGCAGGGAUGCUGCAGACCUCCCACUGCCAAAUUUAACACCAAGGCAUCAAGAACUUAUUCCCACCCCCUGUGGCCCUAUAAAGCCUUGGUCAGAAUUGUCCUUCCCGGUCAAGAUCUACUUCUGUGUGACUAUCCUGUCUUUGUUGAGUGUAAUAGGACUAACCAUAGAGACCCUUGUUCGACAGAGAGAUGAAGAUUUCACCAUUUCUCUUAUACAGUUAAUUGGAGUUGUGUUCUGUGUGUACUACGUGACCAGAGGGAUCCUGCAGGAGAAUCGCCAGGAGCUCAUUGUCUUCGUUCUCUCCAUCGUGCUGGUGAUGUUUCGAUCCAUUGUAAACUUCAUGGUUCUUGCUGAAGAACAAAAGCCAAAGCUCCUGGCCCGCUUCAUUCUGAUCCUUUUGGUUGGAGCCUUUGAUGUCAUAUGUGCCAUCAUCCUCAUUCAGAGUCAAAGUAUGAUGGCCUUCCGGGUGGGCGGAGCUCUGGAAAGCCUCCAGUCACAGUAUUUUAUGUUGAACCUUUGCUUUUCUAUGUUGACCUUUGAUCUUCAGGCACAGCUCUGCUUGUGUGUUCUGCUGCUGACGAGUCUGCAUGAAAUUACCCUUGCACACAGCAUCAUCCUAGCAACUGGGGUCCUCUGGGCUUGUCUGAAAGUAACCAUUGGCAUCAUUGCAAUCUUAAAAGAGUUAAAACCUUUGGUCUGGAUUUUUCUGAGUCAGAACUUACCAGAAGUGGCUUAUCUCAUCUAUCUGCUCUAUACGGUGAUUAGAGAGUGGGGCUCGGGCAGUUCCUAUGCGCUGGAAGCCGCUGUUAUCACUGGCUCUUGCAUCUCUCUGGCAAUAAAAUCUGUCCUGUUUUGGGCAUUGUUCCAUGUCUACCACAGCUUUGGGCAGGGGCUGAGAGAAAGAAUGUUUUCUUCCUAUGGAAGGAUCGAUUCCUGAGGCAUAGUAUCGCUGUUGGGUCCAAGCUGGUGCUCUCAGAGCGAGACUGCCAUCGGAAGGAUUUGAUCACACACCCUGUCUGCAGAACAUGAGGCGGCAGCAUCAGUUUUGCUGUGGGGGGAUGGGAGGGGACUGAUCUGAAGACUCAGCCUAAGCGUGGGACCUCUGGGCUCCUCACCUCUUUGGCCCUUCCACAUUAUGGCUUGGUUUCAAUUUGUUUUGUAAGCAGUUGCGGCACGGCAGCUGUUCACAUUGUUUCUAGAGCCUCUGCCUGCUUUUCAGACUAACGCCAACCUUUUGUCGCACCUGUCCUGCUUCCAGGAUGAUGCACCUUUCAUUCUUUUUCACACAUUGCUGCUAUGGCCACCUCUGUGACCAAAGGAGGUUUACUACGUACAUGUGAGUGGGGAGUGUUACUCCUGUGAAUGCUGGCUUUAUUCAUAACGGAGGUUAACUACAGAGCAAACUCUGAUCUCACCGUCUGUGCGAGAACCACAUUGACUUGGGCUUUCUGAUUGAAAGCCUAGGAAUGGAUCACCCUCCCAUGAUUCCCUGAUGGGGCUAUGGUGUUCAGCAGUGACCCCAACAGCCCCAUGGUGCAUGCCUUCUCUUGCCAUGCUGCAGUUAUGAAGUGAUUUUUAAAAGCCUCCCACAAUGUUCCUAUGACGGUUUCAUGUCUCUGAUGUAGCCAUGUGACUGCUUAUACAUAACAGCAGGGCAAGGAUUCCUGCUCCCCACUGACUUCCUGUGAAAGUGGAAUAUUUAUUUUUUUAAUCCCAACUAAACAUUAAAAUAAUCAAAAUAUAUUCAUAUUAACCACAUAUCUCUCAGUGUGUCUAAUAAAUGUGCCAUUUCAGACCCAAGUUUGAUUGUUACAAUAAGCCUUUACUAGUAUAAAAAGUUCGUUAUUUUAUUAAUUGAAGCUUUUGUUACUAGCUUUGUAUUUUUCAAUAAAGUGUAAACAGAG